AUCCGACAUGGGGCUUGUGUUCGACCGGUCAGCAGCCCAUCCCAUCAUCACCUGGGUGGUCCUUGGAUGCAAGUCAGCAAUUGAUUGCUUGCACUUGAUUACUGCCAGCCAGAGUUGCUCAACACAAAUCCCAGAAUACCAGCGAGUUGUUCAUCGCUACAGUCUAAAUUAAGCACCAUGAACUGCUGCUGUCUCGAAAGUGAAUG